AAAAAGUGGAGAGCUAUCGACACAAAUAGUAGAGACGGCGCGUUAUGUAAAACCCUAUCUUAACCCCGCGAUCGCUCGUCGCUGCAACCAGAGGAAUUCCUCCCGCUUUCAUUUUCCGUAUGCUCUCAUCCGCCUGGAUAUCCUCAAAAUCUUCAAUGUAAACGAAGCACCAACUCCCCAUUCCGUUGUAAUCAAUGGAAUCAAUUCUUACUCCCAACCCUCUUUCUUCCCGACAACUUCUACACAUUUUGCAGCCAUUACCUCACUCCUUCCUCAGACCUCCCAGCCAUCGGCGCCGCCUCCUAUUUCAUGCAGCAGCCGCCACGCCUCCUAGACGGCUCCACCUGCCUCGUCUUAGUCUCUCUUCCCCUUCUUUUCUCAGUCUCCAACCUCAUAAACCUCCCACCAAUAUUGGAAUCUCAGUCCUCGAUGGCGCCUGCAAAACUGCUGCCUUUGUCAUUUUUAUGGCAGCCGUAUCAUUCUUUCCCAUCCCCGCUGCCCGCCUUCGCCCUGCCCUGGCUGCGACAGCCGUGUCCGAGAAGAGCGAGAAAGGUGAGAACUUGACGGACCACGAGUUCUCCGGUUACACUCGAAGACUAUUAUCCGUGGUUUCGGUACUUUUGAGAAGAAUCGAAGAUGUAAAGUCCGGGAAGGGUGAUAUGGAUGGUGUCAAGAAGGCUCUUAAGGAGGUUAAGGCAAGUAGAAAGAAGAUCCAGGAUGAGGUGAUUGGAAAUUUGAAUGCUGAACUGAAGGAGCUAAGGAGUGUGAAUAGGGAACUGACUCGGAGGUCGGAGAAGGUGCUGAAAUUGGCAAGAGCGGCAAUGAAGGCGAGGGACAGUUUGCCAGAUAGCUCCGAAAAUGACCAGGAGAUGAAGGGGAGAGUGGAGGAGUUGGAGAGAAACAUUUCGGAUUUGGAGAAGGAAUAUAAUGAUCUAUUGAUGAAGGUUGGGGAGAUUGAGGAUAGGAUGAUGAGGAGGGAGACUCUAACAUACAGCAUAGCUGUUAGAGAGCUUUCUUUCAUUGAGCAGGAGAGUGAGCUUCUGGUGCAGAGGUUUGGCCGUCGGAUGGCGGAGUUUUCACGUGUAAGUCAACAGAGGAACCCUUCCAUUCAGAUUUCUGGGAAGGACAUUCAGAAAGAAUUAGAAACAGCUCAGAAGGAAUAUUGGGAACAGAUGCUACUCCCAAUGGUUUUGGAAGAUGCUGAUGCUGAAAUGUUAAUAGAUAAUAGUACUAAAGGUUUUCCUCAAAACAUAGUACGAGUGCUUAAAGAAUCACAGCAGAUGCAAAAGAAUCUAGAAGAUCAGAUAAGGAAAGAAUUCAAAAAUUCUGGUGAUGAAAAGCGUUUUCUUUUAAGCACACCAGAAGCAGAAGUUCUCAAGGGUUUUCCUGAAGUUGAAUUGAAGUGGAUGUUUGGGACUAAGGAUAUUGUUAUUCCAAAAUCUGUUCGUGUUCAUUCAUAUCAUGGAUGGAAGAAAUGGCGUGAAGAAGCCAAAGCUAACUUGAAAAAGCAGUUGCUUGACAACAUGGAACAGGGAAAACAAUACGUGGCUCAAAGACAGCAACGUAUUCUCAUAGAUCGGGAGAGGUUGGUAGCUAAAACAUGGUACAAUGAUGGAAAGAAGAGAUGGGAAAUGGAUCCUGUUGCUGUUCCAUUUGCAGUUUCAAAGAAAUUAGUGGAAAAUGCUCGCAUCAGACAUGACUGGGCUGUUAUGUAUGUUGCACUUAAGGGAGAUGACAAGGAAUAUUUUGUUGAUAUUAAGGAGUUUGACCUGCUUUUUGAGGACUUUGGAGGCUUUGAUGGUCUCUACAGCAGGAUGAUUGCAUCUGGUACUCCCACCACCGUUCAGUUGAUGUGGAUCCCAUUCUCAGAUCUAGAUAUGCGUGAACAGUUCUUUUUGAUUACAAGGUUCUCAUCUCAGUGUUUGAUUGGAAUCUGGAACUCUGCUGCUGUUUCAUUUUUGAGGAAACCAAUUUUCUCUGGGAUAAAAAAUAUCACAGAUGAUUUGAUGGUUACAAUUGUUUUCCCCAUUGCGGAGUUCAUCAUUCCAAAGCCUGUGAGAAUGAUCUUAGGUAUGGCAUGGCCUGAGGAAGUAAAUUACGCUGUUGAUUCUACUUGGUUCUUGAAAUGGCAGUCUGAGGCAGAAUUGAAUUACAGAGCUAGGAAGAAAGAUAAUUUCAACUGGUACCUGUGGUUUUUAAUUAGAAGCAGCUUAUGUGGAUUUGUUUUAUUUCAUGUCGUUAAGUUCUUUAAGAGAAAGGUACCAAGCCUUCUUGGAUAUGGACCCUUGAGAAGAGACCCAAACUUAAGGAAAUUGCACAGAUUGAAAUUUUAUUUUAGGUAUAAGAGGAGUAGAAAGAUUCGAAAGAGAAAGGAAGGCAUUGAUCCUAUCAGGUCUGCAUUUGAUCAGAUGAAGAGAAUAAAGAAUCCACCAAUUAAGCUUGAUGAUUUUGCCAGCGUUGAGUCUAUGAGAGAUGAAAUCAAUGAUAUUGUGACAUGCCUACAAAAUCCCACAGCAUUCAGGGAGAGAGGAGCUCGUGCACCGAGGGGCGUUCUCAUUGUUGGAGAGAGAGGAACAGGGAAAACAUCUCUUGCAUUGGCAAUAGCUGCAGAAGCUAGGGUUCCUGUUGUUGAGGUCAAAGCUAGUCAACUAGAGGCUGGACUAUGGGUUGGCCAAAGCGCAUCAAAUAUUAGGGAGCUUUUCCAGGCUGCUAGGGAUUUGGCACCUGUAAUAAUUUUCGUUGAAGAUUUUGAUCUCUUUGCUGGUGUUCGGGGCCAGUUUAUUCACACAAAAAAGCAAGAUCAUGAGGCCUUCAUUAAUCAGCUUCUUGUUGAACUUGAUGGUUUUGAAAACCAGGAUGGCGUUGUUUUGAUGGCCACUACUCGAAAUCUUAAUCAAAUAGAUGAGGCAUUGCGAAGGCCAGGAAGAAUGGACAGGGUAUUGCAUCUGCAAAGACCGACUCAAAUGGAAAGGGAAAAAAUAUUAUUGCUUGCAGCAAAAGGAACUAUGGAUCCUGAUUUAAUGAAUUUUGUUGAUUGGAAAAAGGUUGCUGAAAAAACAGCGCUGCUCAGGCCCAUUGAAUUGAAACUUGUUCCUGUUGCAUUGGAGGGUAGUGCAUUUCGAAAUAAAGUUCUUGACACAGAUGAGUUGAUGGGCUACUGCAGCUGGUUUGCGACAUUUAGUAAUGUUAUUCCCUCAUGGUUAAGAGGAACCAAACUUUUCAAGAGCAUAAGCAUACGUCUGGCAGAUCAUCUUGGAUUGACUUUGACAAGGGAAGACAUGCAAUCGGUGGUUGAUUUGAUGGAGCCUUAUGGUCAGAUAAGCAAUGGAAUAGAACUUUUGACUCCUCCUACUGAUUGGACAAGGCAAGAGAAAUUUCCACAUGCUGUCUGGGCAGCUGGUCGGGGUCUUAUUGCUCUUCUUCUACCAAACUUUGAUGUGGUUGAUAAUAUAUGGCUUGAGCCAGCUGCUUGGGAGGGGAUUGGAUGCACAAAGAUUACAAAGGCUAGAGGUGAAAGCUCUUUAAAGGGAAAUCUAGAGUCGAGGUCUUAUCUUGAGAAGAAGCUGGUGUUCUGCUUUGGCUCAUGUGUUGCAGCGCAGCUAUUACUACCUUUUGGGGAAGAGAAUUUCUUAUCCUCAUCUGAGACUAAACUUGCUCAAGAGAUAGCUACACGCAUGGUCCUUCAGUAUGGAUGGGGCCCUGACGAUAGUCCAGUCAUUUAUGUUACUAGCAAUGCGGUUGGAACAUUAAGUAUGGGAAAUAAGCAUGAGUUUGAUAUGGCUGCUAAAGUUGAAGAGAUGCAUAACUUAGCCUAUGAAAAAGCAAGAAUAAUGCUUCAGAAAAACUAUCAAUUACUUCAGAUUAUUGUGGAACAGUUGCUUGAACGUGAGAAUCUGACAGGAGAGGAAUUGAUCAGUAUAUUUGAGGAAAAUGAUGGAAUUCGUGAGGAAGAGCCUUUCACAAUUCUAAAACAGAAGUAUAAGGAGAUUGCACCGGAAAGGUCUCUUGAAGGUAAUGGCAAUGCAGCAGCUAUAGCAUUUUUGGGUGCAGCCUAAAGAUUCGAGGUCAUGGAGUGAUAAUGAGUUCUCCUUUUGCGUUCAGUCCUGUGAGAAGUCCUUCCCCGAGUUCUCAUUUUAUAUUCAUUAAAAUCUUCAAUCUUACUUUUGGCUGAAAACCAAUUGCAAAAUUUACGCCAAAAGUGGUGAAAAGAAAUUGGGAUUAAGCUUAAUGAUGAUGAUGAAGGCCGGAGGUUUCUAUUAUCUGUAUGCCCUAGAAAGGGCAUGCUUGAUGCUGCCAAUCUCCUUUGUUUUGGUCCUAUAAGGAGAUUUCAUGGACGGAAUUUUCUGUGUGGUGCUAUGAAAGAUAUGGUUUUCAUUAACGUAUUAAUAUAUCAAGAAUAUUUGGGAAGUUUCUGUGUGACAACUAGCAUAUUCAUUCGGCUGGUGACCUCCAUAGGUACAACUAAAGCUUGUGUGGAGUCAGACUGUUUUCACUUGGAAUUUUAUUGAUUUAUGAAUUAUGACUUGUGAUUCUUUUUUGUAAGCCACUUGACAACUUUUGCAUGGUGAUGUAUGGAAUGUCAUCUAAGUUGAUUUUUGUGCUUUUUAUAACGGUUUUUUUUUUUUUCUGAUGCUACCAAGUUCAUGUAAAGCACACACUAGAUUGUUUUUUGUGCUCAUCUAAUUUUUAUGGCUUUUUCUA